UUCUCCACUCCUCCUCGAGCCCCAAAACCUUAUCUUCCCAAAGCCUCAUCUCCUCCUUCCUCCCACCACCUCGCCUCGCCAUGGCGGCCACCCUCUUCUCCACCUCGCUCACCCCCACCUUCCUCCCGGCCGUCCCCUGCCCCAAGCCCGCGCCGCCGGCCUCAGCCUGCUUCCCCUGCGCGCUGCCGCCGCGCGCCGCGCUAGCGGCGCCACCGGCGCCGCUGCGGAGGCGGCUUUCUCCCGUGGCCGUCGCGGUGUCGUCGGAGGUGGAGGAGGAGGAGGGUGGCGCGGAGUCCGAGGGGGAGUUCGCCGAGGACCUCAAGGUGUUUGUUGGUAACCUUCCGUUCAGCGUCGACAGCGCGCAGCUCGCGGGGCUCUUCGAGCAGGCCGGCUCCGUUGAGAUGGUCGAGGUUGUAUAUGACAGACAGACCGGAAGAAGCCGUGGCUUUGGAUUCGUCACAAUGUCUACAGCUGAAGAAGCUGGUGCUGCCGUCGAACAAUUCAAUGGAUACACAUUCCAAGGAAGACCUCUGAGGGUAAACUCAGGGCCGCCUCCGCCUCGGGAUGAUUUCGCGCCAAGAUCACCUAGGGGUGGUGGGAGCAACUUUGAUUCAUCCAACAAGCUCUAUGUAGGGAACCUUGCUUGGGGUGUCGACAACUCGACACUCGAGAACCUGUUCAGUGAGCAGGGAACCGUGCUCGAUGCCAAGGUCAUCUACGACAGGGAGAGCGGCAGGUCGAGGGGUUUUGGUUUUGUCACCUAUGGCUCCGCUGAAGAAGUCAACAAUGCCAUAUCAAAUCUUGACGGCGUUGACCUGGACGGCAGGCAGAUCCGAGUUACAGUUGCAGAAUCAAAGCCAAGGCGCCAAUUUUGAGAUUUUUUUUUUGGUUAUGUUGAUUUAGAGGUUGAUGAUGUGCUUCCAAGAUGUUAGUUUGUAGCUUCUACUAUUGUACACCAAUAUGGCGAAAAGGAAAAUUGAUGCGGUUGAUGAGAGACUGAAAGUCUGAAAUUGUACACGAGGGGAAGAUUUUUCCCCAAAGAUGCAAUAUGCACAGAUCCUCUUGUUAGAAAGACCAUCUUUAUCUCUUCCAA